AAUUUAUAGUGAAAACAUUCAAUUUAACACAAAUAAACUUUAAGCGAGCAUUUAUCAAACAAAAUGGCACAAAUGGACAUUGAAUUGAAGAAGGCCUUCACCGAGAUGCAGAUCAACAAAUUGGAAACAACCAAGAAGAUCAAUAUGAUUGACAUGAAAUGCGAUAUGGUCAAGACGGGCAAACACAAAUAUCUGUUGACGGAAAAGGGCACAAGCAAUUUGGACAAUGAUACGAGAGUAUACCAGUCGGUGGGUCGCAUGUUUCUGCUCACCGACGUGCAAAAUAUGCGCGAGGAUCUGAAGGGCAAGCAGGAAAAAUGCGAAAAGGCCAUUGAACUGCUCGAAAAGAAGAAGGAAUUUCUGCAAAAGUCAUUGAAGGACCAGGAGGAUGGCCUACGCGAGCUGGUGCAGCAGCGCAAGGAGGCUGAUCUCGCCGCGAAAUAGAUCCGCGCACUCACACACACAAGAAACACACACACACACACAUUUUGUUUCGGUUCAUUCUUUAAAUAUAAUUGUCCAAAUUGAAGUUGGCAUAACUAACAAA